AUGUUGUUCUAUCAUGGACUUGGAGUAAAAGGCCUCAAAGAUUUUUCUGUAAGACAUGCAAGAACGAGGUUCUUAAAUGGUAAGUUCGCCUCACCCAUUAUUCCUGCCAAAAGUUGGUUAAGAUUCGCCUCGAGUAAAAUCUCUAGCGAGGCCUUCACUCCUGAGCAAUUGAAAGAAGCACAAUUGGCAAGGCUGAAUGGAUUAGGGCCAUAUGUAUCUAAGUUGCCAAAGAGUAUUAUUCCGUAUGCUGAGCUCAUGAGACUGGAAAAGCCAGUGGGUACUUGGCUGCUUUACAUCCCAGGCACUUGGGCCAUCUUAAUGGGGGCAAUGGAAGUAUCUGCAUCCUUGGGACAAACCUUGUGGAUGCUUGGUAUAUUCGGUAUCGGAUCCCUGAUUAUGAGGGGUGCUGGUUGCACGAUAAAUGAUUUAUUGGACCGUGAUCUGGAUAGUAAAGUCUUAAGAACUGUAGAAAGGCCAAUUGCAUCGGGAAGAGUAUCUCCAAUCAAAGCAAAGAUUUUUCUAGCAGGCCAGACAGCUGUUGGGGUUGGUAUACUCGCUGCGCUGCCUGCGCAAUGCUGGUGGCUAGGUUUAGCAUCAUUGCCACUAGUAUUCACGUAUCCACUUUUCAAACGGUUUACAUACUACCCGCAAGCUAUUUUGAGUGCUUGCUUCAAAUGGGGGGCAAUUUUGGGGUUCCCAGCAAUGGGCGUCAUAGAUUGGCCCACCAUGAUUCCAUUGUACACUGGUAGUUUUCUCUGGUGUAUGAUAUAUGAUACCAUAUAUGCACAUCAGGAUAAGGAAUUUGACGUCAAGGCGGGAAUUAAAUCAACUGCUUUAGCAUGGGGUGACAAGACAAAACCAAUCUGUAGUGUUCUCGCAACAUCACAGAUCGCAUUAUAUGCUGUGGCAGGAAUUAACAGUGGACUAAUCUGGGGCCCGGGGUUUAUUGGCGGAUUAUCCCUUUUUGCCUACAGAUUAUAUACAAUGAUUAAAAACGUGGAUUUGAACAAUCCGGCUGCAUGCUGGAAGGCAUUCAUCAGUAAUAUUAGUACAGGACUCUAUUUUUCAUACGCGUUAUUCUUCGAUUACAUUCUAAGACUAAUUGGAGUCUUGUAA